AUGGAACAUGAUCAACCUAUGUCGGAGAGUCCUAUGUUUGAUUAUAGCUCAACCGUUGAUACCUCCCGUCCUUUCUCCUCUGUCAAAGAAGCCGUAGCCAUCUUUGGCGAACGUAUUCUUGUCGGAGAAAUAUACUCUCCAUCUCCUUCUCCGACUCCAAACUCAUUCUCAUUCUUAGAAACUACUACUCCCACACCUUAUUAUUCUCCUUCUAUGUCUAUUAAGCGAGAACCAUCGUCGUGGAGAUCAAUACCAUCACCAUUACCGAUUAGUCCUAUCAAAUCAUCAUCAUUUAAGGAAGAAGAAAAAAACAAUAACGAUAGUGAAACUCUUUUUGAUACAGUGAAGAAGCUGGAGGAAGAGCUUGAGAAAACAAAAAGAGAACUGAAGAUUUUAAAGGAAAGAGGAAGUGAGACAGAGGUAGCGUUGGCAACUUUGAACGCUGAGCUUCACAAGAACAUGUCAAAGUUGGCUGAAGCUGAAGCAGCAGCAGCUGGAAAAGCAGCUUCAAAGAGUGUGAGAUUUGAGAACAUUGUUGAGAGAGAGAAUAUUCAUAAGAGUUCACAAUCACAAACACUGGCUCAUAUGAUAAGUCUGGGAGAGAAUGACCAUAUAGUUGGAGGGAAAAAGAAGAAUAAUAAUAAGAUUAGAAAGCAGAAGCCUAUAGUGCCUCUUGUGGGUGAUUUAUUUUUGUUUUUCAAGAGAAAGAGUUCUUUUUCUACUGAUCACCAUAAUAAUCCUCUAUAUGCUUCUCCUUUUUAA